GCGCGCGAGUAGCACGAUGCCGUGCUACAUCCAAAACCCGCUGCUUAGUUGUCGGUGAGAAAUCUGUCCGUCUACACGCAGCCGCGAAGCUGCGGACAGCCGGAGCCGUGUGUGUUCGUGGUUUUCGAUUUUCGGACUAGCCAAGCAAUGGCGCUAAGCAUCAACGAUGGAUCACUGCCGCCGACCGUCGAACAAGGGGCCGGUUUACCACUGCCCGAGGUAAUACCGAACGUCAAUGUGUACCAGCAGAAGAAAACGUUGGCCCAGGGUAUGAUGGAUUUGGCGCUACUGUCCGCCAACGCUAACCAGCUGCGGUACGUGCUGGAAACGUACGAGCGCCAUCCGUACUACAUCUUCAGCCUCAUCUUUAUCUCGGUCAGCCUGCUGGUGCAGGUGGCGGUCGGUGUCGGGCUGAUCAUGAACAGCCGGUACGACGUGAACGAUCGGAAGGAGAUAUGCAAGGCAAACAAGAUCAACGACCUCAUCACGAUCGGCAUCUUUGUCAUUACGCUGGUGAAUGUGUUAAUCUCCGCGUUUGGGGUUGCCCCACGUGCAUCGUAGUUGUAGGAAAAUCCCGGGCCAAGAAUUACACACUUUGUAUUGGUUCAAAGUGCAUGAGCGUUGAGUGGGAAGGGAGCACAAAGUGAGUGAGAGACAGAAAAAGUGAGAGCGUUCUAAAGUAGCUGCUCGUCGUGUGGGGAUGCAUGGGUGCAGUUUAUUAUGCACCUGCUAGCAAUAGCAUUAGUCAUCCCGCUACUGCCAAUCGCAUGCCAACUCCCCUCGAUGAACAGUGAUCCAAUUUAGAAGCAUAAUUUAAAAAUGAGACACUUAUCGUAAGGGGGAAACCCCCAAAACCGCACCCUGCCUGGUCUCACGGGAAAACCAUUAAGCAUAAUUGCUUUCAAACUGUUCCCUCAACUUCUUCAAACUAUAGCA